GCGGGAGCCACCAUACCAGUCAGGACGCACAUCUUAAGGAUACUCCUGAGGUGGAGCUGGGCUUUUCCUGCAGAAGCGCCUCUGGGAAUUGCGCCCUUUACCCUCCUUGUUGCCUAGGGAACUACAUUACCCAGAAAACUCAGCCUCGAAUGAUAGCGUAGAAGACCCCUGAGGGCUCAGAAUAAAGGCGUUUCCUGUGUGCACGUGACAAUGGGUCCGGACUUCCGGCGCCCUCUGGUGGCGGCCAUUUUGAUUGGUGUUGGGUUUAUUUGUCGGAGAGGCUCCUGAGCGCUAGGUCCGCACUGUGGUGACUGAACCCAGAAGUCGGGGUGCAGUUGCCCUCUGCUGCACAGAGGCGACUCUGGAGCUCUGUGACGGCGCCCAGCGUGACCCACUCCUGGGCCAGGAUACGGACCGUCAUGCCCAUAUCUCCUGGCUGGUCGCCCUCUCCUCCCGACCCUGCUUAAAACCACGUGGUUCGAUGGCUGCCGCGGCCACGCUGAGGCUCUCCGCUCAGUGUCAGGUGAUAUUUGAGUCCACAAAAGCCAUGAGCUAAAUGGAGUUCGGAGGAGGCAAUUCUCUUGUGAUUCCAGUUCACUUGGUAGUCGGCCAUGGGCACAGAGGCUGAAGACACUCCACAAGUCAGUCAAUAUAGCAAACAAUACACAAUAGUAUACUUAACAUGAGUCUCACUCUGUCACCCAGACUGGAGUGCAGUGGCGUGAUCACGGCUCACCACAACCUCCGCCUACAGGAGAUAUUUUGAUACAGGGCACAGUGACUUUUGAAGACGUGGCUGUGAACUUUACCUGGGAGGAAUGGAAUCUCCUUAGUGAGGCUCAGAGAUGCCUGUACCGUGAUGUGACGCUGGAGAACCUGGCACUUAUAUCCUCCCUGGGUUGUUGGUGUGGAGUGGAAGAUGAGGCGGCACCUUCUAAGCAGAGUAUUUAUAUACAAAGAGAGACUCAGGUCAGGACUCCUAUGACAGGUGUGUCUCCCAAGAAGGCCCACCCCUGUGAGAUGUGUGGCCCGAUCUUGGGAGACAUUUUGCAUGUGGCAGAUCAUCAGGGAACACAUCACAAGCAGAAACUGCACAGGUGUGAGGCCUGGGGGAAUAAAUUGUAUGACAGUGGAAACUUUCAUCAGCACCAGAAUGAGCACAUUGGAGAGAAACCCUACAGAGGGAGUGUUGAGGAGGCGUUGUUUGCGAAGAGGUGUAAGUUGCAUGUGUCAGGGGAGUCAUCCGUCUUCAGUGAGAGUGGGAAGGACUUUUUGCCCAGGUCAGGAUUACUCCAGCAGGAGGCCAGUCACACUGGGGAGAAGUCAAACAGCAAAACUGAGUGUGUGUCUCCCAUUCAGUGUGGGGGAGCUUACUAUAGCUGUGGAGAAUCCAUGAAACAUUUUAGCACCAAACAUAUACUCAGUCAGCACCAGAGACUUCUCCCUCGAGAAGAAUGUUAUGUGUGCUGUGAAUGUGGGAAAUCCUUUAGCAAAUAUGUUAGCUUCAGUAAUCAUCAGAGAGUUCACACUGAAAAAAAACAUGAAUGUGGAGAAUGUGGGAAAUCCUUUAGCAAAUAUGUUAGCUUCAGUAAUCAUCAGAGAGUUCACACUGAAAAAAAACAUUAUGAAUGUGGAGAAUGUGGGAAAUCCUUUAGCAAAUAUGUUAGCUUCAGUAAUCAUCAGAGAGUUCACACUGAAAAAAAACAUGAAUGUGGAGAAUGUGGGAAAUCCUUUAGCAAAUAUGUUAGCUUCAGUAAUCAUCAGAGAGUUCACACUGAAAAAAAACAUUAUGAAUGUGGAGAAUGUGGGAAAUCGUUUAGCAAAUAUGAUAGCUUCAGUAAUCAUCAGAGAGUUCACACUGACAAAAAACAUUAUGAAUGUGGAGAAUGUGGGAAAUCUUUUAGUCAAAAGAGCAGCCUCAUUCAACAUCAGCGAUUUCACACUGGAGAAAAACCUUAUGGGUGUGAAGAAUGUGGGAAAUCUUUUAGUUCAGAAGGACAUCUUAGGAGCCAUCAACGAGUUCACGCCGGAGAAAGACCUUUCAAGUGUGGAGAAUGUGUGAAAUCUUUCAGUCAUAAGCGCAGCCUUGUUCACCAUCAGCGAGUUCACAGUGGAGAAAGACCUUAUCAGUGUGGAGAAUGUGGGAAAUCUUUCAGUCAAAAGGGCAACCUCGUUCUACACCAGCGAGUUCACACUGGAGCAAGACCUUAUGAGUGUGGAGAAUGUGGGAAAUCAUUUAGUUCAAAAGGACAUCUUAGGAACCAUCAGCAGAUUCACACUGGGGACAGACUUUAUGAGUGUGGAGAGUGUGGGAAAUCUUUUAGUCAUAAAGGCACCCUCAUUCUACAUCAGCGAGUUCACCCUAGAGAAAGAUCUUAUGGGUGUGGAGAAUGUGGGAAAUCUUUUAGUUCAAUCGGGCACCUUAGGAGCCAUCAGCGCGUUCAUACUGGAGAGAGGCCUUAUGAGUGUGGAGAAUGUGGGAAAUCUUUUAGUCAUAAGCGCAGCCUUGUUCACCAUCAGCGCAUGCACACUGGAGAAAGACCUUACAAGUGUGGAGACUGUGGGAAAUCUUUUAAUGAAAAAGGACACCUUAGGAAUCAUCAGCGAGUUCACACUACAGAAAGACCUUUUAAGUGUGGGGAAUGUGGGAAAUGUUUUAGUCACAAGGGUAACCUCAUUCUACACCAGCAUGGCCAUACUGGAGAAAGACCUUAUGUAUGUAGGGAAUGUGGAAAAUUAUUUAAGAAGAAGUCUCACCUCCUUGUACACCAGAGAAUUCACAAUGGAGAAAAGCCAUAUGCAUGUGAGGCUUGUCAGAAAUUUUUUAGAAACAAGUACCAACUCAUUGCACAUCAGAGAGUUCACACUGGAGAAAGGCCUUAUGAAUGCAAUGAUUGUGGAAAAUCGUUUACCCACAGCUCUACAUUCUGUGUUCAUAAGCGAAUUCACACUGGAGAAAAGCCUUAUGAGUGCAGUGAAUGUGGAAAAUCUUUUGCUGAAAGCUCCAGUUUCACAAAACACAAAAGAGUUCACACUGGAGAAAAGCCUUAUGAGUGCAGUGAAUGUGGAAAAUCUUUUGCUGAAAGCUCCAGUCUCACUAAACACAAGAGAGUUCACACUGGAGAAAAGCCUUAUAAAUGUGAGAAAUGUGGGAAAUUAUUUAACAAGAAGUCUCACCUCCUUGUACACCAGAGUUCACACUGGAGAAAAGCCAUAUGAGUGUGAGGAUUGUCAGAAAGUUUUUAGCAAGAAGGACCACCUCAUUGCACACCAGAGAGUUCACACUGGAGAAAGGCCAUAUGAAUGCAGUGAUUGUGGGAAGUCAUCUACCCACAUUCCGUGUUCAUAAGAGAGUUGACACUGGUCACACCACCUUAUGAGUGCAGUGAAUGUGGGAAAUCCUUUGCUGAAACUUUCAGUCUCAUUAAACACAGGAGAGUUCACACUGGAGUAAGGUCUUGUGAUUGCAGCAAAUGUGGAAAAAAAGUUACCUGAAGGUCUUUUCUCCUUGAAUAUCAGAGAGUUCACACUAGACAAAUAAAAUACAUUUGGGCAAUUUUGUAGCCACACCUCUUUGCUCCUUCAAGAUCAGAGUUAACACUGGAUCAGGGCCUUACCAGUGUGACAUGUGAGAUAUUUAUGUAGAAAUCUAGCUUCAUAACAGGAGACUUCCCACUGCAGAAAUGCCUUUUGAAUGUAAUGAAUGCAAGAAAGCCUUCAGGCUUUUUAUUGGAGCCUCAAACAUUGACAUGAGAAAAACGCCAUAGAUGUAUAUGGAAUGUUAUUUCUUUUUCAAUGUAACCCUUUGAGAGUGCCACCUACCUAGAUUGAAUGUCAUUUAUUGAGCAUCUGCAAAAGUUCCAAGCGUCCGGUAGCUACAGUGCAUUUUUCACUAUACCCAGGUACCUUGCUAGAUUUUUUUUGAGACAGGUUGUCACUGUGUCGCUCAGGAUGGUGUGCAGUGGUGUGUUCACAUUUCACUGCACCCUUGAUCUGGGCUUAAGUGAUUCUGUUGCCUCGGCCUCCUGAGUAGCUGAAACCACAGGCAUGCACUACCAUGCUCCACUAAUUUUUUUAAGUUUUGGAGAGACAGGGUCUCACCAUGUUGCCCAGGCUGGUCUUAAACUCCUGGCUCAAGCGAUCCUUCCACCUUGGCCUCCAAACAUGCUGGGAUUACAGGUGUGAGUUACUGUGCCUGGCCUUUUUUUUUUUUUUUUAACUUUUAAUUUCUGAUCGAGUCACAGGAUUUGUUGAGUAGCUUUAGCACUUCUUCCUUUGUCAUUUUUUUCUGUCUGAUAAGUCAUGCCAUGGACGUUACCCAUUUUUAUCCCAGAGGCCUCUUACGUUGACUUGAAAAGACGGACUAUGUCUUUCAGAGAUCUUGUGGGUAUCACAUCAGUCUUGACAAAUUUUCUACCCUCCAAGUUAUGAUCCUAAGAACAGCUUGCCUCCCAUUUCUCCGGUUUGUGCUAUUAUGAAGGCCUUAUUGUUUCAGCCUUCUUCAAUCUUGAGGGUUGUUGUCACUGUAUGGGUGGUUCAGAAACAAGUAGGUCCUGUUGCUAUGAAGGGGGUCACAGCUUUUGUUGGCAUAGCUAAACUUUGUGGCUCAUGGAACAGUAUGAAUGUAGAAUGUAGCUUUCUCCACUUGUGGACUGCUUUGCAUAGCUGCCAGAGGCCUCCAGAGAAGACCUUCAGGGCUUUGUGGUCUUUAUCUGUAGCACGGAUACUAAAAUUUGUGGGUUCAUAGGUCAGCUGGAUACAGGGCAUUUUUUGUGACAAUUUCUGGCAUUUUUUGAACAAGACAAAAUUCUUUUACGAGGUAUAUUGCAUUGUACUUGGUACGGCUGAGGGAAGUCUGUUGCCCAGCUCUUGCAAUGCAGACACAUGCCCUGAUAUCCAGAAUUCUGUAGGAUAACAUCACAGAUUGUAAUGCUAUCAGGUGAAAUUAUAAUUUUAUAGAAUUACUUUAUUUAUAGGCAGUGGAGAAGACAGAAUAAUGUAACUGCAACUCAUGUCUUUUUUUUUUUUUUUUUUUGAGGCAGAGCCUCGCCCUGUUGCCCAGGCUGGAGUGCAGUGGCAUAAUCUUGGCUCAUGGCAACCUCUGCCUCCCAGGUUCAAACGAUUCUCCUGCCUCAGCCUCCUGAGUAGCUGGGACUACAGGCACAUGCCACCACACCCAGCUAAUUUUUGUAUUUUUAGUAGAGAUGGGGUUUCACCAUGUUGGCCAGGCUGGUCUCGAACUCCUGACCUUGUGAUCUGCUGGCCUCAGCCUCCCAAAGUCCUGGGAUUAUAGGUGUGAGCCACCACGUGCAGCGUAAUGCAUGUCUUUAAAAAGGGCAUCCACAAUGAUCCAGUCACUACUUAUAUGAUGAAUAUGCAGAUACAGGAAUUAUCAGGACUUCCAUAAUGAUGAAUGUUGUAUUGUUGAGGCCAUUGUCAGAGGAAAUAAUCUAAAGGUUUUGUGAAUUCCUGUACUCAUUCUGGGCUGUUCUCCUCAAGGUCAUUCCUGCAUUAGCAGGAGGAAGAUGAUUGAUAGGGAGAAGGGAGAUC